CUUAAAGUGUUACUAAUCCCAGGACCCUGCAUUCACUAUAUCCGGUCUCCCCAGACCCGGCAUUCACUAUAUCCGGUCUCCCCGGACCCGGCAUUCAUUAUAUCCGGUCUCCUCGGACCCUGCAUUCACUAUAUCCGCUCUCCCCGGACCCGGCAUUCACUAUAUCCGGUCUCCCCGGACCCGGCAUUCACUAUAUCCGCUCUCCCCGGACCCGGCAUUCACUAUAUCCGCUCUCCCCGGACCCGGCAUUCACUAUAUCCGCUCUCCCCGGACCCGGCAUUCACUAUAUCCGCUCUCCCCGGACCCGGCAUUCACUAUAUCCGCUCUCCCCGGACCCGGCAUUCACUAUAUCCGCUCUCCCCGGACCCGGCAUUCACUAUAUCCGCUCUCCCCGGACCCGGCAUUCACUAUAUCCGCUCUCCCCGGACCCGGCAUUCACUAUAUCCGCUCUCCCCGGACCCGGCAUUCACUAUAUCCGCUCUCCCCGGACCCGGCAUUCACUAUAUCCGGUCUCCCCGGAUCCGGCAUUCACUAUAU